CGCGGCGGCGCGAUGGCGACAGUGGUGUGGGUGGCCGCGCGGCUCCUGCAGGGCUCUGGGGCGCGGAGUGCGCGGCCCAGGUUCCGACUCGCUACACACAGGCAGUUCAGCAGUGGAGCGGCAUACCCCAACAUCCCCCUCUCUUCUCCCUUACCUGGAGUGCCCAAGCCUGUUUUUGCUACAGUUGAUGGCCAGGAGAAGUUUGAAACCAAAGUGACCACCCUGGACAAUGGGCUUCGUGUGGCAUCUCAAAACAAAUUUGGGCAGUUCUGUACCGUGGGAAUUCUUAUUAAUUCAGGAUCAAGAUAUGAAGCAAAAUACCUCAGUGGGAUUGCUCAUUUUUUGGAAAAGUUGGCAUUUUCGUCCACUGCUCGAUUUGACAGCAAAGAUGAAAUUUUGCUUACAUUGGAAAAGCACGGGGGUAUCUGUGACUGCCAGACCUCAAGAGACACUACCAUGUAUGCUGUGUCUGCUGACAGCAAAGGCUUGGACACUGUGGUUGACUUACUGGCUGAUGUGGUUCUGCAUCCCCGCCUGACAGAUGAGGAAAUCGAGAUGACAAGGAUGGCUGUCCACUUUGAACUUGAGGACCUGAACAUGCGCCCUGACCCAGAGCCACUGCUCACGGAGAUGAUUCAUGAAGCUGCUUUUAGGGAGAACACAGUGGGGCUGCACCGAUUCUGCCCUGCAGAAAACAUAGGGGCGAUCGACCGAGAGGUGCUCCACUCCUAUCUGAGGAACUACUACACCCCUAACCGCAUGGUGCUGGCCGGAGUGGGUGUGGAGCAUGAACACCUGGUGGAAUGUGCCAGAAAGUACCUCCUGGGAGCCCAGCCUGCCUGGGGGGCUGCUGGGGCUGUGGACAUUGACAGAUCAGUGGCACAGUAUACUGGGGGGCUUGUCAAGGUGGAGAGAGACAUGUCCAACGUUAGCCUGGGCCCGACCCCAAUUCCUGAGCUCACACACAUCAUGGUGGGACUAGAAAGCUGUUCCUUCCUGGAGGAGGACUUCAUUCCAUUUGCUGUGCUGAAUAUGAUGAUGGGAGGAGGUGGCUCCUUCUCAGCUGGUGGGCCCGGCAAGGGCAUGUUCUCCAGGCUCUACCUCAACGUGCUCAACCGGCACCACUGGAUGUAUAAUGCAACCUCCUACCACCACAGCUACGAAGACACAGGCCUCCUGUGCAUUCAUGCCAGUGCUGACCCAAGACAGGUUCGAGAAAUGGUUGAAAUCAUCACCAAGGAGUUUAUCUUGAUGGGCGGGACUGUGGAUGCGGUGGAGCUGGAGCGGGCCAAGACACAACUGAUGUCCAUGCUCAUGAUGAACCUGGAGUCCAGGCCUGUGAUUUUCGAGGACGUGGGGAGGCAGGUGUUGGCCACACAUUCAAGAAAGCUGCCCCAUGAGCUCUGCACACUCAUCCGCAACGUGAAGCCAGAAGAUGUCAAGAGGGUCACUUCCAAGAUGCUCCGUGGGAAACCUGCCGUGGCCGCCCUGGGUGAUUUGACCGACCUCCCCACUUAUGAGCACAUCCAGGCAGCUCUGUCAAGCAGAGAUGGGCGCUUGCCCAGGACAUACCGCCUGUUCCGGUAGAGUCCCUCCACGAUCUCCAGCCCAAGGCUGUGGAAGACUGUUUUGAUGCGUGUUACUGUUGGUGUGGACUUAGCAUAAUCAUGUCUCAUUCUGUAAACAGUGCCAACGGGAGGACUCUGAAACUUGAAUGCUCUUGCUACCAAACCUCUGUGUUCUCACUCUCUCAGAACAGAACUCGCCAGUUUGGAAUAAGUGCGCCCUUCACUCUGAAGGCAGGCGGGGUUCAGGAACAGGAGAGGAAGCAGCUCACCACCACUGUGCCCACUUUUCCUGAGUUCCUAGCAUUGGGCUGCUGUGGGAGCUGAAGGCUGCUGGGUACUCCUGAAUGGAACGGGACAUGGAUUUGUCAGCCCUAUGUUGUGUACACAUCACUUGUUUGGGUGAUGGGCCCUGGCCUCCCAACUGGGGGGCGGAGGGUGUGUGUUGCAGAGUGUGGCUGGCUUACUCAUCUGCUGUCUGAAUAAAAUGGUGACUUCUCUCAC